CUCCAAACAUACCCAAACAGCCUCAACCUUCUUUCAACGAGCCCUCCCUCCCUUCACUUAAUAUAGCCGCCGCCUCUGCACGCCUUUGGGACUAUCUCAUCCUAAUCGCAUCACCUUUGUACCAGCUGGCCUCGUUACUCUAACCCUGCAAAUUUUCUUUUAAGGGGGAGACAGGGGGAGUAAUCGAGCGCUACCGACUCCUACCGGUAUUAUCCAACCCUACCGUAAUUUAAUCCCCCAAUCCCAUACUCGGGAAAAACAGAAAGAGAGAGGCACUCGCCAUUAUACAAAUAUCGUUCACCCCCUCCUCGGAGCGCGUCGAUCCCCGUGUGCACCCUUCCUUGUGAGGCUCUAGCGGUAACCACCGAAACCGCACAAGCCUCAAACCCUUUCUUCCUUCCCUCUUCCUUUCCUUUCUUCCCUGACUUCUUAACCGGCAGACACCACCACCCCUCCUCCCCACAAUCACAACAACGCCCGCAAGCUAUUCACAAGAGGAGAGAUAGAAAAAAAGAAACGACAACAAUGACCAACCAAACCGACCCCUCUACAACCUACAACCAAUCCGGCGCUACUGGCGAAGAAGACACAGAAAUGGAAAACCAAACUUCCAGUUUCCAAACCAGUAGUACCGUUCCUGACGCUCCCGGCGGCCUGGUCGGAAUUGCCCAACCGGCGCCGCCACCAAUGCCAAAGAAAGACCGCACCCUAAGGGAAUUCCUUGGGAUGAUGGAGGAGUAUGCUCCUAUCAUCCCUGAUGCAGUAACAGACUACUACCUCUCUCUCUCAGGCCUCAACACCAAUGAUCCCCGCUUGAAGCGGUUGCUCGCACUUGCCACGCAAAAGUUUAUCGCAGACAUCGCUACGGAUGCGUACCAGUACUCGCGCAUUCGACAAACCUCUUCGAAUACUGGUGGGGGGGUCCCUGGGGUUGGCGCGUUGGCUGGUGCGGUUGGCGGUAUUGGCAGUGUGGCUGGGGGUGCUGGGGCUACGCUAAGACCCACCGCUAGGCCUGGGUAUGGCGGGGGUGGGGGUGGUGGCGGCAGUGCCGGAAGGACGGUGUUGACCAUGGAGGAUCUGGGAAGUGCGGUUGGGGAGUAUGGGGUGAAUACUAGGAGGCCGGAGUUUUACAGGUAGAGGAGGAUGCGGUGGGUUUAUGGAUCAUCGCAACCUCUGUAUACGCUGCUGUCUGGAAAUGCCUUUCGCUCUUUAUUUUCAUUUUUUACUCUACGACUCCACUUUUUUUUUCUUUUUUCUUUUUUCUUUUUUUCAGCUUUUGUUUUCCUUCCUAUUCUUCACCUUCUCUCUUCGACACCUCUUUCCAGUGUUAGCACGUGCCGGAUAUAUAAUUACAUUCCUAUGAGGCGUUGACUGGCUGGCUGGCUGUAUUUUAUAUCAAGUUGCUCAAUUGUACUCUAGCCGUCAUAACAUUCUCGAAUGCGGCGAUCAAUUGAGC